AUGAAUACCAGCAGCUACACCAAGCAGCUAGAAGCAUAUUGUGAGGAAGAGUUUGCAUAUGAGGAGUGUUGCCGCAACCAUGCAGUGAAUGUUGGAGGAUCUUGCAUAGAUGGCUGCCAUCAGUAUAUGAAAGCAAGAAGCAAACGGAACUCUCAGAAGAGUUUCCUUUGUGCUUGUUGUGGUUGUCACCGCAACUUUCACCGCAAGAAGAACAAUGAUUCUAAGCCUGUGGCCCAGACUGUAACAGAGGAUAACCAUGCUCUCGAUAUGGUUCCUGUUACAGACUUAGGGCCUCCCAACAACCCAGAGCCAGUGCAGCAGAUAAGGCCACCCAGGAGAAGGAGGACCACCUUCUCGCGUGACCAGAAGAUCCAAAUGACAAGGUUUGCUGAUAUUUUGGGGUGGAAACCUCAUAAGGGUAACAGGGAAGAUAUUCAACGUUUCUGCAAUGACAUGGGAAUCAACCGCAAGAUAUUCGUCAUCUGGCUCAACAACAACCGUCACCGUUCUGUUCAGAAUGCCAACCUCAGAAAUGAUUCAUCAACCAACUAG